AUGAAGUUGGAUAUAACAGACUUUGAAGCCACUGGGAAAUAUUUGAGGGAUCUGCAUCCGAGCUUGAUUGUCCAUUGUGCUGCUCAGAGGUCCCCAGACAAGGUUGAUACAGAGUAUGAGAAGACAUGUUGUCUCAACGUGGAAGCUUCAGGGAAUCUUGCCUCUCUUGCAAAGGAAGUUGGAGCCAAGAUGAUAUACAUCAGCACAGAUUAUGUAUUUGAUGGGAAGAACCCUCCUUAUCAUGAAGGUGAUAAGACCAAUCCUCUUAACAAGUAUGGUCUCACAAAACUGCAGGGUGAAGAAGCUGUCAUGAAGAGUUAUCCAGAUGCCAUCAUCCUCAGGAUUGGAAUACUCUAUGGAGAAGUGGAGCAUCUUGAAGAGAGUGCAGUCACUACCUUGUUUUCAACAUUGAAGGAUAAAAACCACGAGAAGACUGUAUCUGAUUAUGAGAUUCGUUAUCCCACUCAUAUCAAUGACAUUGCUCAUAUAUUGGUUGGCCUUGCAGAGAAAUGUGAUUCAAGUGGUGAGGUCAAGGGCAUCUACCAUUGGUGUGGGAAGGAGGCCAUGACUAAGUUCAAGAUGGUACAGGAAAUGUCCAAUGCCUUGUCUAUCCCCAUGGACCAUGUGAAGCCAGACUCAUCGCCUCAAUCUGGUGCUGUCACCAGACCAUACAAUGCUCAGUUGGCAACAUCUCGCAUAGAUAAACUGGGCUUGGGAUGUCACACACCAUUCAAAGUUGGCAUCACUGAAUGUCUCAAACCAUACCUAUAG